AUGUCCCAGCCUGUACAAAAUCAGCCACCAACGGCGACUCCAGUACCGGUAGCUGAAUCGUCGCCGGCCCCACCUCGUCCUGCGCGGUCAAAGAACGGUUGCAAUGCGUGCAGGAGACGGAAAGUGCGAUGUAACGAGCAAAGACCACGUUGCGGUCAUUGUGAAAGACUGAAUCUCGACUGUACAUGGCACCGGAACAGCACUUCCAAGCCAUCUCAGCCAUUUGUCACGGGACAGGGUCAGCACCAACCCUUGUUUUCUGGUCCACUACCAUUCGACGGAUAUGGAUUCGGUUUCGAUCUAUCUGGACCCUUGAGUUUGGGCACCUGGGAUGAAGCCAUGCUGUUGAGUCCCAGCUCGUGGCCAACCGACACCGGACCCUUCGCGAAUGUGAAUAUGCAUGCCGACCCUGUUCCGCAAUCUAUCCACCAUCUCCCACACACUCAGAGGCCUUCUGGUCAGAUUCUGGGAGUCACUACGACUGCCAAUAAUGGAGCGCGUGAAUUGCCAGAGCGUAGACCAAACCAACCUGAUCCAGCUUCAACUUCACCGUUCUCGACCGAGGAUGCGCCGAAUGGACCGAACGAAGACUAUCUCUUACACACAUUUCUUCAAAUGCUCAUGCCGCCUAUCCUUACACCGGUGGAAAUUGGUCCAAAGUGGGCAUCCACCCGGGCCUUCUUUGCCACUUUAGCUGCAGAGUCACCUAUCGUCAAGAGUGCCAUCAUAGCAUUCGCCGCGAUGCAGAUGCAGCGUAGCGGGCUAGGUAACGACGUGGCCAAGGCAGAUUGGAGGCCUUUGUACGAAAUCGCAACUAGACAGGUAUCAAGCCGCCUGGCAAAGACGCGAGUAGUCGAAGACAGCAAUCUAAGGCACAUGCUCGCCGCCCUUUUCUUGCUUACCUAUACCGAUUUACUUACGGAAAUGCUGCCGCGAGCCCACGCCAACUUACGAGAAGCAUACAUGCUUAUAAAGGGCGCGGACAAGAUCAAGUUCUCUGUCCCAGAACGCCGACUUAUUUCUUGGUUGCGUCUUCUCGAUGCACGUGCUAUCUCAACGGCAGGUGGUGAAGGACUCUUUUUAGCGGAUACGGAUGAGACCAUCUUUGAUGCAUCGCCUGCUGCCAAUCCCGGAUCAGAACCGGACACGCCAGACACUGAGAUUGAGGAAAUCCUGUUUGAUGUGUUAUAUCACCCCGGAAUCAUCUUCUAUCAGAAGGUGCAGUCUUUCGCCGGCCGCAUCACACGCAUUGACCCCUGGCAUCGUACACGCGGCACCGUUCAGGACGAGACAGAAGUGAUGGCUAUCGCAGCACAGAUCUCUAAGGACCUGCAUGCGCUUUACGGUCAGCGACCGGCAUUGAUGGAUCAUGCGGUCGCAGGAAACCUCACGGAGAAGCAUCUAGCCAAGAAUCUAGCAGGUGCGCUCACACGAAGCUUUCGCACAUAUCUCGCCAACUACCACGCCUCGUUCAUACACUUACAUCGCGUCGCGUAUGUGCAGUACCCUAAGACCAGGGACGUCAUAAGCGCUAUCGCAAGUAUAAAGCGUCUAACACAUUUGAUGGCGCAGACAGAUGAGUCGCUGCCUGUUAACGUCUUAUGGCCUCUCCUCAUGUGGGGCUGCGAAGAGGAUGAUAACGAAGAAAGACGAUGGAUCAUUGACGCAAUUCGCGGUCUCGAGAGCAUCGCUACCAAUGCCAAGGCUACCGCCGAUCUUCUGGAAGAAGUACAAAGAAGGCAAGAUGAAGGCAAGAGAAGGGUUGACGUGCGUCUGGUCAGCCAGGAGUAUUUUGCAUCGUCGAAUCAUUUCGCUAUUGUGUGA